UACAGUGUGUCCGGAUGGCACAAAGUUUGAACGUAAGGCUAUACGCUGUGAUCGCAUCUGUGUCUAUUACCGCUCUACUUUCACACAGAAAGGCAUAUGUCUGUAUGAUGGAGAAUAUGCCCCAGGCUGUGUUGAUAAGGACUCUGGCAUAGUUUGCCCUGGCAACAGAUACUUGAGGGAUAAGACAACAUGUGUCUCUAUUCAAGAUUGUAACUGUCGCUUCCCUGAUGGCACGCCUGGACCGCCUGGCCAAGUUUUCAAAGUAUCAGAGUGUGAAGUGUGCCAGUGUGAUAAUAACAACUUGGUGUGUGACUCCUCUGCUUGUGCCACCACAACUACAACUAUCACACCAUCAUUUGAGUGUAAUAAGUGGAGUUCGUGGCUGAGUGAGUCAGCCCCCAUGAAUGGUAAUGAGUGGGAACUUCUGGAUCAUUAUCGCAACAAGUAUCCUGAAAUGUGCUCCCAGCCAGAGAAUAUUGAGUGUCGGGUCAAAGGAAGCCAUGAGUCACCAGAGGCAGCAGAGCAGGUGUUCAUGUGUAACACCCAGAAAGGUUUAGAAUGUCUCCACUCAAAAAAUCCCUCAGGAUGCUUGGACUAUGAAGUGCGGUUCUUCUGUGGAUGUGAAGGAACUCCAACACAAUUUCCUGAGACCACAACACAACAACAAAUGAUACCUCCGAUUGCGGAGUGCAUACCGCCCAAGAAGUACAAGACAUGUGCUGUGCCAUGUGACAGAAUAUGCAACUAUCAUUUAUCGGUUCUACAUAGUAUCGGUGAAUGCAUGAAUGGUGACAACUGUGCAUAUGGCUGUGUUGACAAUCUCGACGAUAUAACCUGUCCAUACGGUCAGUUUAUGAUAAAUGACACACACUGUGUUCCUGAGGCUGAGUGCACUUGCCGACAAGAUGAUGCUGGACCUGCUAUAAUGCCUGGAGUUUCAUACAAUCUACCUUCAUGUAAGCGAUGUACCUGCCAAGACAACAGUAUAAGCUGUGUCCCCUUGGAACAUUGUUUAUCCACUCCUGUUCCUACUGAAACUUCAACCACAGAGCUAUGUGAUGAUUGGACACCAUACGUUAGUAGUAUAAAUGAGGAUGAAGAUGGUUUCAUGUUGACUGUGGACCAAAUUCUUAAACAAAACAAAUUGUCAUGCGAACAUCCUGCCAAUGCAAGCUGCAGGGAAGUUUUUUCUCAACUUCCUGCUACUGAUCUCCAACAAAAUAUAAUCUGUGAUGCCAUACAUGGUCUGAAGUGUCUCAGUGUAGACAAUGUCGCAGGUUGUUUUAAUUAUGAAAUUUCCUUCUACUGUGCCUGUGAAGAAGUUACAACUGUCUCAAGUACUAUCACCUUUGGACCUACGUCCACCCUGACCCCAUGUGAUGCUUGGUCACCGUGGAUCAAUGACAACAAUCCCAUACACUUCACUGGUGAUCUUGAAUACAGAAACCACCGAAUGCUACGAGAGACAAUCGGUUUUUGUCUGGAGAUGACAGAUCCAGUUGCUUGGGAGAAUGUUGGACAGGAAGACAAGGCAGAAUGUUGCAACACACCAGAUGAGAGGUACACACCAGUGAUAGUCAACGUUGGCACUUGA